CCGCGCUCCGCCAAUAGGAAGGAGCCGCGGCCGUGACGGAAGUGACGCCGCCGUACCGGGCUCGGUACCGGGCCCGCGCCAUGGAGGCCUGGGUGCGCUUCAGCGCCCAGAGCCAGGCCCGGGAGCGCCUCCUCAGGGCCGCCCAGUACGCCUGUGUGUUGGCCGGGGCCGCGCUGAGCCGCUCCGGGGGCAGCUCCGGGACCCUGAGCCGGCUGCAACAGCUGGAGGCGCACCUGAGCCUGGGCCGCAAGCUGCUGCGUUUGGGGGGCUCGGCCGAGGCCCUGGGGGGCGCCCAGCGCUCGCUGCACCUCCCUGACCCCGUGCUGCGCUUCUGCCUCACCCUGUCCCACCUGAACCGCGCUCUGUUCCUGGCCUGUGACAACGUCCUGUGGGCCGGGAAAAGCGGGGUCCUGCCCGGCCUGGCCAUGGAGAAAUGGAGCCAGAGGUCCUUCAGGUAUUACCUGUUUACCCUGGUGGUGAACCUGAGCCGGGACGCCUACGAGCUGCGGCUGCUGCUGGAGCGCGCCGGGGCCGCCCGCAAGCGCGGCCGCAGCUGCGAGAGCCCCGCCCAGCCCCUGGGGCAGGGCCGGCUGCAGCAGCUGCGGCUGCAGCUGCAGCUCCAGCUGCACCUCCUGCUGCAGGUGCUGCGGGACAACCCCCCCCUGCUGCUGGACCUGCUGCGCAAUGCCUGCGACCUGGUGAUCCCGCUGGAGAGGCUGGGGCUGUGCAGGAGCAGCCCGGCCGUGGUGGGGUUGUGUGGGCUCAGCUCGUCGCUGCUCUCCAUCAUCACCAUCCUGCACCCCUGGCUCAAGCUGAAACCGUAGUUUUCUUGGGAAUUUUUGGGAUUUUGGGGGGUUUUGGCACCUCUGGAAGUGACUGGUUGGUGCCAUUCCCAUCAUUCUGACUCUUUGGAGCCAUGAGGUUCCAGCAUUCGAUGCAGCAUUGGAUCCCACAGGGACAUCAGCUCCCCAAAAUGUGUUUUUUCCCAUUGAUUUUUACAGCAAUUUUAGGGGUUCAAUGUUCCCCCUUUCUGUCUGGGAAGAGCCUUUCAUAUGGAUCCAGCUAAUGGGAAUAUUUGGGGUUGGAAAAUGUGGGAUUUUGGGGCUGGAAAAUGUGGAUUUGGGGUUGGAAAGUGUGGGGUUCUGUGGGCUCAGCUCCUCUGUGCUCUCCAUCAUCACCAUCCUGCACCCCUGGCUCAAGCUGAAACCAUAGUUUUCUUGGGAAUUUUUGGGAUUUUGGGGAGUUUUGGCACCUCUGGAAGUGCCAUUCCCUUCAUUCCUGACUCUUUGGAGUGACAGAGUUCCAGCAUUGGAUCCCACAAAGGACAUCAACUCUCAAAAUGUGGUUUUUCCCAUUGACUUUUCGAGCAAUUAUAGGGAAAAAAUGGGGGUUUAAUGUUCCCCCUUUCUGUCUGGGAAGAGCCUUUCAUAUGGAGCAACUAACAGGGAAUAUUUGGGGUUGGAAAAUGUGGGGUUCUGUGGGCUCAGCUCAUCCCUGCUCUCCAUCAUCACCAUCCUGCACCCCUGGCUCAAGCUGAAACCGUAGUUUUCUUGGGAAUUUUUGGGAUUUUGGGGGGUUUUGGCACCUCUGGAAGUGACUGGUUGGUGCCAUUCCCUUCAUUCCUGACUCUUUGGAGUGACAGCAUUGGAUCCCACAGGGACAUCAGCUCCCCAAAAUGUGUUUUUUUCUUAUUGACUUUUAAGGAAAAAUAGGGGUUCAAAAUUCCCCCUUUCUGUGUGGGAAGAGCCUUUCAUAUGGAGCGACUAACAGGGAAUAUUUGGGGUUGAAAAAUGUGGGAUUUUGGGGCUGGAAAAUGUGGAUUUGGGGUUGGAAAAUGUGGGGUUGUGUGGGCUCAGCUCAUCCCUGCUCUCCAUCAUCACCAUCCUGCACCCCUGGCUCAAGCUGAAACCGUAGUUUUCUUGGGAAUUUUUGGGAUUUUGGGGGGUUUUGGCACCUCUGGAAGUGCCAUUCCCUUCAUUCCUGACUCUUUGGAGCCACAAAGUUCCAGCAUUGGAUCCCACAAAGGACAUCAACUCUCAAAAUGUGGUUUUUUCCUAUUGACUUUUCCAGGGAUUUUAGGGAAAAAAAUAGGGGUUAAACAUUCCCCCUUUCUGUCUGGGAAGAGCCUUUCAUAUGGACUGACCAACAGGGAAUAUUUGAGGUUGAAAAAUGUGGGAUUUUGGGGCUGGAAAAUGUGGAAUUUGGGGCUGGAAAAUGAGGAUUUCUGGGGGUUUCUCAUGUUUUUUUUUUGGGGGGGUGAAGCCAUGGUUUUGGGGUGAUUCUGGUGCCAGAUAAUGAAUCCAACCCCAAAUUGUUUGGAUAAUUUUUUCCUGCCUUAUAAAAAAAAAAAAAAUAAAAAAAAUCUGAGUGCAGGGAGAGGAGAAUGGGAAAAAAACAGGUGUCAGGGAUAAAUCCAUGGCUUUGGGGGCUCCAAAUUAUUAAAUUCCAGAGGCAGAUUGUCCUGGGGGGAGCAGGAAUAGGUUUUGAAGGAUUUUUGGGAGCUCCAAAUUAAAUUCCAGAGUCAGAUUGUCCUUGGAUCUGUCCCUGGGUAAGCAGGAAUUUUUGGGAUAUUCUUAAAUUCCAGAAGCAGAUCGUCCUUGGGGAGAGCAGGAAUGUCUUGAAGGUUUUCUUUGGGAACUCCAAAUUAUUAAAUUCCAGAUUUUCCUUGGAAGAUCAGGAAUAUCUCGAAGGAUUUUUGGGAGCCCCAUCCUGAACUCCUGGGCCCACCUGGGCUGUGCCAAAGGCUUUGGAGCAGAUGUGAAUCCCGGUGGGAAUUGGGUGGGGAUCCCACGUCUCAGUGUAAUUAAUUAAUGAAUAAUUUAAUUAUUAAAGUGCAGCAAACACUGCCUCAAACAUU